AAAUUCACGCUGGGAAAACCGUCAAGGGCGAGCACCAUCUUCUUUCUUAUGUUCCCACACCAAACAAACACACGGUUGGCUACACACAGAAAAUUCCUCCCACCAUUUCCUCUUUCCUCCCUCCCCACCUCUAAUACUUCUUUUCUUCUUUUAGAGAGAGAAAUUGUAUGUGAGUAACGCCCACAUACACAUAUCAGAGAGAAGGAGAGAAGAGGUUUCGCAGGCAGCAGGCACACACGCAUCCUCCUUGCUAUUUUGUACUUCUUCAGAAUACCAGUGCAGAGGAGGAUUUUAUCUUUGAGAAAGAAAGCAAGGAUGCGUAGGUGGUUGUGUUGUACUUCUAGAGUGGAAGAGUCCUACCCUUCACCUGAUCAUGAGUCUUUCGGAAACCCAAGGAAGCAAGCAGAUGGUUAUCAGAAAGGGUCAAAGGGAUAUACCCCUGUGAAACCUGAAGUUCAAAAAGAAGUACCACCUAUUGAAGUGCCAGCGCUGUCCUUAGCUGAGCUGAAAGAAAAAACUGAUAAUUUUGGGUCGAAGUCCUUGAUUGGUGAAGGAUCCUACGGAAGAGUAUACUAUGCCACCUUAAGUGAUGGAAAAGCUGUGGCAAUUAAAAAGCUUGAUGUUGCAGCUGAACCUGAGUCAAAUGUUGAGUUUUUGACUCAGGUUUCCAUGGUUUCAAAACUGAAACAUGAAAAUCUGGUUGAGUUGCUGGGUUACUGUGUUGAAGGCAAUGUUCGUGUUCUAGAAUACGAGUUUGCAACCAUGGGUUCUCUACAUGAUGUUUUGCAUGGGAGAAAGGGAGUUCAAGGAGCACAACCAGGACCUGUGCUGGACUGGAUUCAACGGGUUAGAAUUGCUGUUGAUGCAGCAAGGGGAUUAGAGUAUUUGCAUGAGAAAUUUCAACCUUCCAUAAUACACAGAGAUAUCAGAUCCAGCAAUGUGCUUCUAUUUGAAGACUUUAAGGCCAAAAUUGCAGAUUUUAACCUUUCAAAUCAGGCUCCUGACAUGGCUGCUCGCCUUCAUUCUACUCGAGUUUUGGGAACGUUUGGGUAUCACGCACCAGAAUAUGCAAUGACUGGGCAAUUGACACAGAAGAGUGAUGUGUAUAGCUUCGGAGUGGUUCUGCUAGAACUUUUGACUGGCCGCAAACCGGUCGAUCAUACCAUGCCUCGUGGCCAACAAAGUCUUGUUACUUGGGCGACUCCAAGACUAAGUGAAGACAAAGUGAAACAAUGUGUAGAUCCAAAGCUCAAGGGAGAAUAUCCUCCCAAAGGAGUUGCCAAGCUCGCAGCUGUAGCCGCACUAUGUGUGCAGUAUGAGUCUGAGUUCCGACCAAACAUGAGCAUUGUAGUCAAGGCUCUCCAACCGCUUCUGAGGUCUUCCGCACCGCCGCCGCCACCUCCCGAUGUUUAAAACAUGUAAAUUCAGCUGUGUGAAAUUUUGAAGCCUCUGCCGCGCGCUUUGGUUUUCAUUUGACGACUGUGUGUGUGUAUACUUUUCUUCGCUCUUUUCGGCUUUUCCACAUUGGUUGGGUAGGAUAGGAUCGGUCGGAUUUUUAUAUCCGUUGGCCUUUUUGCUUCCAAUCCUACUGAUUAUGCAAAAAAAACCUCCUUGCACAGACCCAGUUUGUUUUUGGGUUGACAAUAAGACUUGUGAUUGUUAUUCUUUGGUUUAUAAAGCCAUGCUUGUUUGAAGUUCAUUAAAAGGAUGAGCUUGUUAUAAA